AUGUCACAAGUCAGAAGGGCUCCGGUUCCGCAAACCAACCUUCCGGGGUUUCCGAUGAUGACGACGGGGGAAAUCAUGGAUUGUCUUGCCGCUUUAGGCAUCAACGUCGCUCAGGAAGACAUAACCAAGCCUACCUGGAACAGUGCACAAAUGAUCUAUUCUUCGCUCCUCGACGCUCUCAUGGGUGUUCCUCCUGAUUCUUUGGACCAACCGAAAGCCGCUUUGUUGGGAAUGAUGGAAUACAAGGUUUGUAUCACGCCCCUCGAGUUAUACGCCGAUGCUCUUCAAUUCACCAUGCUCUUUCGACAUUGUCGAGCCUUGGCGAAUCUAUGUGGUAUUAGCAAUUUCAACAUGUCCGAUUUGACGCGUCCCGACGCUCAAAGACUUCGAACGGCUCUCAGUGGAAUUAUGAACUUUGCAAAGUUUCGCGACGAAAGAUCUCAGUUUCAUCUGGCGUUGGUUGCAAAGGUGGCAAAACAGAGUGACAACGCACAACAAUUGCGAAAGAAAUUGGAACAAAUCGACAUUAACAUGGGAGAAAUCACUGCUAGACACGCUGCGGAUCGUCCGUUGACCGACAAGGCCAAGGAGAGGAAUGAUUCUCUACGAAGUGAAUUGAUGGGUUUACGGACUGAACAGGUCAACCUCUCACAUGAAGUGGAGGAUUUGAAGAGAGAGAGAGGGGCUUUAUCGGAGCAAGCGACCAACAAAAUGCACGAGCUCGCCACUCUGACAUCUCAAACUACUCUCGCCCGAUCUCGCUUGGUGCAAUCACCCGAAAGGAUCAAACGGAACAUUUCCGAGAUGACACAUCAGGUCACAGUUGAGAAAGCGACUCUUUCGACAUAUCAACAACAAGCCCGGUCGCACCAGAAUCGUCUGGAAGUGUUUGGUGGGUUAGAGAGAGAUUUGAAAGAGUUGAUCGAUUUGGAGAAAACCAUAGAACAGCAGAAGAUUAAAGUGGAGGAGGCGAGAAGGUCUCAAAGUGCUUUACAAGCGAGAUUGGAAGGGAAGAAUAUUGAAGGGCAGGGCUUGAAAUCGAAACUUGAGCAACUCGAUCGUCAACUUCAAUUCGCUUCUGAUAAACUUCAUCGUCAACAAGAACUAGGUCGAGAAACAAGAGAUCGAGCUAAGAAAAGGAUAGAUGAUGUCAAAGCCGAAUAUGUCAAGUUGAAGAAAGUCAAGAGUGUUUGGCAGAGAGAAAAAGAUAAUUUAAUGUCACAGAUUAAAGAGUUGGAAGAUGAAAUGGGAGCUUUUAUUUCUAAAAAUGAAAGUGAGAUUGAUGAUUUGUUACAAGAUUAUUGGACGACGAGGAAACAAGCUGAGGAUUACAUGAAUACCAUGACAGUGAAACUUGGAUUGGAAAUUGGUUGA